CCCAAUUCCGCCAUGAUCACUCUACCUGAAGGAUUGACACUGCCCACGCUCGACAGACUGAAGGCAACAGUUCCUGACGAGCUCGAUUCACUCAAGGUCGCACGAGACUGGUUUUCAGCAUUCGCGACUUAUGUCGUAGAGGCAGACGUUCAAGGAAUCGUUGGGUUGCUCGUCGAGGACGCCUUCUGGCGCGACAUGCUCUCUAUGACUUGGGAAUUCCGCACAUUUCAAGGAUCAAAGAAGAUCCAAAUCUUCUUGGGCGACCGGCUCGGCGAGCUGAAGUUCUCGAAUCUUGUGUUAGAUGACCGUUGGGUAGAGUUGCAGCGCCCGUACCCUGACAUCGCGUGGAUUCAGGGUCUGUUCAAGUUCGACACGUCUGUGGGGACGUGCUCUGGCGUCUUCCGCCUCGUUCCCACGUCGUCUGGAGAUUGGAAGGCACACACCAUCUUCACGAACCUCGAGGGUCUGCGGAACUUCCCAGAGAAAUCAGGCCAUCUGCGAAACCCCCUUCCUAACCACGGAUUGUGGCCCGAGCAGCGACGUAGAGAAAUAGAGUGCGAGGACGAAGAUCCCAAGGUCAUCGUCAUCGGUGCAGGCCAAAGUGGCUUAGAAGUCGGUGCUCGGCUGAAAUAUCUUGGCGUCAAGUCGCUCUUGAUAGAGAGGCAGAAGAGAGUAGGAGAUCAGUGGAGACUUCGGUAUGAGGCACUAUGCCUUCACGAUCCGGUUUGGUAUGAUCAUAUGCCGUAUAUUCCGUUCCCAUCGACAUGGCCUACCUUCACUCCUGCACCAAAGCUCGCGGACUGGCUCGAGAAUUAUGCGCAUGCUCUGGAGUUAAACGUUUGGACCUCUUCAACCGUCACGCGCGUCGAACAGGACCCGCAGACUCACAUAUGGACCGUGAACAUACGUCGAGAAACCGGGACCAUCAGAACAUUCCGCGUAAAACAUGUCAUUUUCGCUGUAGGAUGGAGCGGUGGGGCGCCGCACAUGCCAAUCUAUCCGGGAAUGGACGAUUUCAAGGGUCAGAUUUUGCAUUCAUCUCAGCACAAGAGCGCAAGAGACCAUAUCGGAAAGAAAGUCGUCGUAGUUGGGGCUUGCACAUCUGGACACGAUCUCAGCGCAGACUAUUAUAAUCACGGUGUUGAUAUCACUCUGUACCAGAGAAGUGAGACCUAUAUUAUGUCUACGAAGAAUGGCUUGCCACUCUUACUUGGAGACCACUACUCCGAAAGUGCGCCGCCCACCGAUAUCGCAGACCUUUUCAAUGCGUCAUACCCGAACCAUCUCAUGUACCUCAUACAUCAACGCAAGACCAAGGAAAUCGCCGAGGCAGACAAGGAAAUCCUUGACGGGCUCAAGAAGCGCGGAUUCCGGCUCGGAUGGGGCCACGGUGGCUCGGGAUUCCUCACGCUUGCGUUGACUCGCAGUGGCGGGUACUAUCUAGACGUUGGCACGAGCAAGCUCAUCGCGGAUGGCAAUAUCAAGUUGAAGAAUGACAGCCCGAUCGAGGGCUUCAGCGAGAGCGGGCUGAAAUUCAAAGAUGGAUCGAUGCUCCCUGCGGACGUGGUCGUUUUCGCGACGGGAUUUUCUAAUGUCCGCGAGCCCAUCUACAAUCUGUGCGGAGAGGAUGUUGUGAAUCGCCUUAGGCAAGUCUGGGGACUAAACGACGAGGGUGAGAUAAACAGUGCGUGGCGGGACACCGGCAUUCCCGGUCUCUACGUGAUGAUGGGGAACCUGGCAAUGUGCCGGUUCCAUUCGAAACAUUUGGCACUUCAGAUCAAAGCGAUGGAGGAAGGCAUAUUCGGAGAGCGAUAUGUAUUGAGAGAUGAUGCAUGAUGUUGCCUGGGCUAGGAGUAUGCGCAUGGGUUGCUAUUUUAUAUAGCUCCUGAUACGUCUUGAGGCUUGAAGAUUUCGUCGAGGAUCAUCAUAGGAAAGAAGGAUGGACUCUGUAUUGAUAGACAAGCAAACAUCGAGUACGGGUCCAAGUUGUCCUGAAUACGACAGACAGGUUAUGAUAGCAUGCUGAUACAGUACAGACUAUAGUACACAAGGAACAAAAUGAGACUCAACUUCGCCACUGAACCCUAAAAAAACAUUCUGAAACUACUCAAACUUCUUGACUCGCCCCUUCCUUCUUGCCCGUCUUCGAGCGUGUGGGAAGGAGUUCAGGGUUGAUGAAGGGCACAACACCGCCCUGGCUGAUGACAACAUCACCAAGUAGUUUGUUCAACUCUUCAUCAUUACGAAUAGCAAGUUGCAAAUGCC